AAAGAAAAAGAGGUACGAAGCUUCACAGAAACGCUAGCUAUAAGCUUAAGGCUAUAAGUUUUCUUGUUUUAUUAGAAUGGAGAUCCAACAGUCCUCCAUCUACAAUCAUACAAACCUUUAUUCUAAGUUCUGAUGGCUCUGCGAUCAUUCUCUUACGAUGUGUUCCUCAGCUUCCGAGGGGAAGAUACUCGUUAUGGUUUCACUGGCUAUCUCUACAAUGUCCUUCGGGAAAGGGGAAUUCACACCUUCAUUGAUGACGACGAGCCCCAGGAAGGGGACGAAAUCACGACAGCACUUGAGGCGGCUAUUGAGAAGUCCAAGAUUUUCAUCAUCGUGCUCUCUGAAAACUACGCAUCUUCCUCCUUUUGUUUAAACUCACUCACUCACAUCCUUAACUUUACUAAGGAGAAUAAUGAUGUGUUGGUUUUGCCCGUUUUUUAUAGAGUGAAUCCUUCAGAUGUCCGACACCACAGAGGUAGUUUUGGAGAAGCACUGGCUAAUCAUGAAAAGAAGUCGAACUCUAAUAACAUGGAGAAGCUUGAGACGUGGAAGAUGGCUCUGCACCAAGUGUCUAACAUUUCUGGCCAUCAUUUCCAACAUGAUGGGAACAAAUAUGAAUACAAGUUUAUUAAGGAGAUAGUUGAAUCGGUGUCAAACAAGUUUAAUCAUGAUCAUUUACAUGUUUCGGAUGUCCUGGUUGGGCUAGAGUCACCAGUGCUAGAAGUAAAGUCGCUUCUGGAUGUUGGACGUGAUGAUGUCGUCCACAUGGUAGGGAUCCAUGGACUCGCCGGAGUGGGUAAAACAACACUUGCUAUCGCGGUCUAUAAUUCUAUUGCUGGCCAUUUUGAAGCUUCUUGCUUUCUUGAAAAUGUGAAAAGAACUUCCAACACGAUAAAUGGGUUAGAAAAACUCCAAAGCUUCCUUCUUUCUAAAACCGCUGGAGAAAUUAAGUUAACAAAUUGGAGAGAAGGAAUUCCCAUUAUAAAGCGUAAGCUCAAGCAAAAAAAGGUUCUUCUUAUUCUAGAUGAUGUUGAUGAAGAUAAACAGUUACAAGCACUUAUUGGCAGCCCUGAUUGGUUUGGUCUUGGCAGUAGAAUCAUCAUAACCACUCGAGACGAACAUUUGUUAGCUCUACACAAUGUUAAAAUAACAUAUAAGGUGAGAGAGUUGAAUGAGAAACAUGCUCUUCAAUUACUUACUCAGAAGGCUUUUGAGUUGGAAAAAGGAAUUGAUCCAAGUUAUCAUGAUAUUUUGAAUCGAGCGGUAACUUAUGCUUCAGGUCUUCCAUUUGUUUUAGAAGUAAUAGGUUCCAACUUAUUUGGAAAAAGUAUAGAAGAAUGGAAAUCUGCUCUAGAUGGAUAUGAAAGAAUUCCUCAUAAAAAAAUCUAUGCAUACUUAAAGUAAGUUAUGAUGCUUUGAAUGAAGAUGAGAAAAGUAUUUUUCUAGCUUGAUAUUGCACCCUUGCGAUUUGGAGCAGCCCAAUACAAGCGGAUCUCCAAUUAAUGUAUUACUAGUCACAAUAGCAGUGAACGAUUUGAUGAUUGCCUUACCAAUUCCUCCUGUUUCUUUUAAAAUAUUAAAGUCCUUCUUCA